UCCCUCUUCAUCUAACCCCAGUCCAACUUCCCCAAAACCUUCUUUCUAACUUCUCCUGAUUGGACCAAUCCUUUCCUCUUUUUCCUCCACUUCUACACCCACUGCCAGUCUCAGCCAAGAACAUUGCUUCAUUAACAAGAGAUAGUCUUCUAGUCGUUGAACGUUGUUGAAGUGGCUCGAGAAGGAAAGAUUGGGGUUGGGAUAGCUGUGAACAGAGGUGGGGUGGAGAAGGGAGGAGGAAGGGGUUUAAGUGGGAGGAGGGUUGAAGGAGGUAAGGGAGGGCAGGGGAGAUAUAUCUGGAGGAUUUUGAAGGAUAAAGGUAAAUUUGUAAUGAGGGAUUGGACUGUUCUGUGUUUAGCGAAUAAGAGCGAAGAUAUUAUCAACUUAAGCCGACAAAAGUGAGCUAUUCUAAAAAAUAAACAGCGUGGUCAUGCUUUCUGUUGAUUUACAAAGUUCUCCUGGAAAUUAUUACAAGAUAAACUCUUAGUGGAUACCAAACAGAGCUUUGAUAAAAGAAUCAAUUUACGUUCUUGAUUCUUUUUAAUAUACAUAAGACGAUGAGGUGUUAUUAAUACUUUAUUAUGAUUAAGAUUUUAUAUAAAAUAGUUUUAGCAAUCAUUAUAUUCUAUCAAAUUAUUCAAUACUCACCCAAAUUCUUCCUCCUAAGGUUCCAAAUAAGUCAAAUCAUCUCCCAGAACUAUCUUAUCUACUAAACAACACCUAUACUACAUCCAAAUCUCUCUCCAACCACUUAAACAAUCUUCCCAUUCCAAUCCUUCCCUACACCUUCCCCAUCGCACUUCUUUACCCCCUCUCUUCCCUGUACUCCAGUCCAACACAUCUCCAAUCCCUUCCUCAGCUGCUCCCUUCCUAAACCCAAAGGCCCCAAUCCAAAGUCAUUUCGCUUGUGCAAUAGCCUG